GUCACGUGGUAAGUAAAGAAGACGAGAAGAGUGCAGUUAGUUGCAAUUGGAACCAUUUCGUAUCAUGGGAGUGGAAGUGGAGGUUAUUAAACAGGGAGAUGGAGGAACUCCAACGAGAGGCCAAACUGUGGUGGUACACUACACCGGGACGUUAGAAAACGGCAAAAAGUUUGAUUCCUCACGAGACAAGGGCAGACCUUUCAAGUUCAAGAUUGGAGCAGGCGAAGUGAUUAGAGGUUGGGAUGAAGGAGUAGCUCAGAUGUGCGUAGGUCAACGAGCAAAGCUCACUUGUUCUCCAGACUUUGGGUAUGGAGGCAGAGGGGUCCCUGGUGUUAUCCCUCCAAAUGCUGUCUUGAUAUUUGAUGUAGAGCUGCUUGCCCUGGAAUGAGUGGAAUAAAAAGAGCAAUCAACAUGAUUCAAAGCCAUUUUUUCCUCAUCAAAAUAUAUAUUAGUAUAGAUGCUUAAAGUUUAAAUAUGUCUCUUAUUCUAGAUUACAUGUAGCUAAGUUAAGUGUUUUAAGGCAUACUAAUUCCAUUUGUAAACUUGUUUACUUCCUGGAUAUAGUAAAGUUCUGCUGUGGAGGUGAAUUUCUUUCUUUUUCACCUUUGCCAUUCCAGGCUCCCACCUUUUAAUAUGAUGUUUUGCCAAUUUUUGCAUUGAAAACAUUAUUUCUUGUUACCUAUCUCUCAUUUUAUGUCCUUUCUUCUCUUUUGCUUGUUUGUUUCUCUUUUUGAGAUGACAUCCUGUUUUAUUACCUCAUGUAAUGUCCAUGCCCCUGUUCCCCUCCACUUUGCUAGCAAAUGUUUAUUAUUUGACUGUAUUGCCUAUACAGCUUACUAUGCUUGGUGCUUUGUUUAUGAAUAAAGUAGACUUUAAUGCUUAGAACGUU